AUGGUUAGAAAUCGGAAGACGACAACAAAUAGGGCUGCAAUUGAUGAAAAUACCGUUGCUCGAGCCAUUGCAGAUCUAAAAAAUGGUAAUGGAUCAAUACGCAAAGUCGCAGAGCGAUAUGGGCUUAGCAAAUCUAUGUUGCAUAAACGAAUCCAAAAGUCUGACCCUCUGUGCAUUGAAAUCAAGUCAGCAUCUUAUAAAUAUACAUCAAAAUACACAAACAAUCAAGUAUUUACAAACGAAGAGGAGGGAUUAUUAGAAGAAUAUAUUCUUCACUGCUCAAGACUUCAAUACGGUCUAAGCUUUCAUCAGAUUCGUCGACUCUCUUUUGACUAUGCAACAAAACUUGAAAGGCAAACUCCAGAACCCUGGCAAGACAAUAAGAUUGCUGGAGUUGAUUGGAUGCAGGCAUUCAUGAAGCGGCAUCCAACACUUUCCUUGCGUAAGCCGGAAAAUACUUCCAUAGCCAGAAAUAUGAGUUUCAAUGAAACAAAUGUAAAAAGCUUCUUCAAAAAUUUAAUAGAAGUGCAAACGAAGUGGAAUUUUACCGCGGAACAAAUAGUUAAUGUUGAUGAAUCUGGCAUAAGCACGGUCUUGCAAGCGCCAAGAAUUGUUGCAAGAACCGGUUGCAAGCAAGUCGGCCAGGCAGUGAGUGGAGAGCGUGGGGAACAAGUAACAUUCGUGGGAAUCGUGAAAGCAGAUGGGAAUGCUAUCCCCCCUGUCUAUAUAUUUCCAAGGGUGUUUUUCAAAGAAAGCUUUUUGGUAGGAUCACCUGAGGAUAGUCUCGGCUUAGCAGUUCAAAGUGGUUGGAUGAACAGCGAAUCAUUUGUCAAAGUAGCUCAGCACAUAAAAAAAUACACUCAUGCUUCUAAAGAAAAGCCGGUGCUUGUUCUUCUCGACAACCACGAGACUCACUGCUCAAUAGAAUUAGUGGUGUACUUUCGUCAAAAUGGACUCGUUUUGCUAACCUUUCCACCUCAUACCACCCAUAGGCUACAGCCUCUUGACGUUUCAGUUUUCGGGCCUUUCAAAUCACGCUUAAGAGCCACCUUUAACACAUGGUCAGCAAAACAUCUGGGGAAAGCGAUUUCUAUUUCUGAUAUCGCCGGACUUUCUUGCGAACCAUAUCAAGAAGCCUUUUCUCGGAAAAAUAUUUUAUCUGGAUUCAAAAAAUCUGAAUGCUUUCCACUAAACGAAAAUAUUUUCAGCGAUGACGAAUUUCUACCAGCAUCUGUCACUGACAUCUUAAUCGAAAAUGGAACCAAUAUUGCCGAAGAAGUACCACCUACAAGUGAAAAUAAGAGGGCUGAACUAGAAGAUACAAACUGCCCACCAAUAACACCAGAACAAGUGCGGCCGUACCCAAAAGCAUUGAAAAGGGGUCCAACAAGAAGGGGCCGAAAGAAGAAAUGUUCUUCAAUUUUGACCAGCACUCCAGAAAAGGAUCGAAUACUAGAAGAAAGAGCUGAAAAGGAGAGAAAAGGGCUGCUUAAAGAAAAACCAUCAUCAUCCGAAGAUGACGAGCAGGAAGUAAGCUAUAUUGACUCCGACCAAGAUCGGGAUAUGUCUGUGGAAGAAAUUGACCCAUUGGAAAUUAGUCCGCCAGAAGUAAUAGAUGAAGAUGACUAUGUUCUUGUAAAAAUUUAUGGCAAAAAGGUUCCUAAGUUCUUUGUGGGAGUAGUCAUAAAGAAAAUGGUCGAAUCUGAAAUGGAGCCCCUUCGCUUUUAUGGACAUUCUACACUUGUAAACCCCAUUCCUGGGGAUGGAUCUAAAAGCGACUAUGAAUUGGCGGAAGAUUCUGUUAUGGAGUUGGGCACUCAAGAAAUUCUUCAUAACCAAAGCGGUGACCUAACUGUGGAUGAAACUGACGAGGAGUCUGAAUCAGAGAAUGCACCCAAUAUAGCAACGAUAUCGAAAGCAAAAAUUAAAAAAAAAAACGAAGCAAAAAGUUUCUUGGAAAAAGGGGCAUCUUCCUGCUUACGAUGA